AUGGGCUCGAAUACUUCCAAAGUGGGUACAGGUGCUGAACAACAACAAGUAUACACUCCACAAACUCAGAUCGAUUUUUCGCAGUCCUUAGUAUCUCAAUUGGAUUCAUCAAACGAAUCAGACUAUGUCACCAAACAAAACGCAGAGAAGUUCAUCGAGAAAAAGGUCGCUCAAAGGCUAUCUGACUUAGAAGUCGAAACACUGAAGAAGUUCGAGAGUACUUUGAACAAUUCCCUAUUAUCGGAUGAUGAUAAGGAUGCCACUGAUGGAGUGUCGUCAAGUUCAUUGAAUGGCCAGAUCGAGUCUUUAAAUAAGAAGCUAACCUUAUUUGAUCAACUAGAGUUACAGAAAUUGGAGAAAUACGGUGGUGCCAAGAGCAAGUCCGAUACCAAGAAGGACAAAGGCGAUAUUUCUAUAAAGGCAAAAUUAACUGAGUGCCUUUUGGCCAAUAGAGGCAAAUCGUUGAACUGUUAUGAGGAGAUGGAGGAAUUCAAAAAACUCGUUAUGGGUUGA